UUACGUCAACAGUACCGUAGUUCAAAGAGCAGCGCGCACAACUUUUCAUUUAGCCACACCCUUUACAUUGAAGAGAGAGGAUGUUAUUGGUUGGCAUCAUAGUUUAAACGGAAAUGAACAGUGGCCAACAACAAUUUCCACGUUAGCGUUUUUACGGUUUUUAUUUAGACCUUUUCUGAACACCAUAGGACUCAAAUUAUGACGUUUAACUGCACAACAUCGCAUACGUACCCCGGGUAUUGUUUAAUUCGCGUUGGAGACAGGACUUGGUUGACAGAUGUUAUCUAGGUAACCCUAGCUAGCUAGGUGCUAACAAUGGAGAACUGUAUGGUUUUUCACACUCAAAUAGCCUCGAUCUUGGAGGUGCUAGCGAAUGCAGCCGUGGCAGAUAUCUGUAAACUCGUAGAAGACGACUAUGCAGUGUUUCGUUUGGAAAUUUCUCAAAGCCAGAAAGAAAACGGGGCAUUGCGGAGGAAACUGCAUCUUUUGGAACUGAAGGUGGCACGAGAGCGCGUCCUCGCCAGUCGUCCCAGUAGUGUCAAGAUCGUCGACGGAUACAGAGGAAUGUCAAGAGGUGAAGGAAAUCUCACUGGAGGCCACAGGAGCUUUGUGAAGCCAGCGGUACACCAUACAUGGAGAGAUGACCAACCGAUCACGGUUGAUGAGGGUAGUGGAACCUCAACCCAGCACGUUAUCGUGAUAGAGUCUGCAGAUGCAGAGGCUACAGGUCCUGGGGUCAAGCUGGAGAAGACUGAAGGAGAGGUGGAAACACGGCAAAGAAGCGACAUCCAGACUGGAGCUCAUCCUGUAGCCACAAAGGACCCCACCAUCGCCCCAGCGCCGCCCAGAACCCGACGCAGCAUCACAGAGGAGGAGGAGGGUCCAGAGGUGCUGCUGGUGAAGGAGGAGGGUCUGGGGAACCCUGAGGGAACCAUGGUCAUGGAGGACAACCAGACUACACCACCUCCUGAACCCACAGAGGACCCAGCUGAGCAACACAGGACCACACACAGUAUCACUGAGUCAGUAGAGAUGGAAGAUGGGAAGCCUGAUCUGCUGCUGGUCAAAGAGGAGACAAUAGAAGACAGACCAGAGGGCAUUGAUCUGCUGAGUGGAAUAAAGAGGGGGGAGCAAGGUGGUUGGCUGGAGGCUAACAGAGAUUGGGCGGCCGUCUUGGAUUCCCAGACCGGUGCUGCCAAAGGCCCAGGGGACAACAUCACUAAGCAGGCCAGGACCAGAGGUGACAUAGUGGAGUCUGCAGUCCAUGAUGAUCUGCUGAUAUCCGGUGUUGCUGGUGGGAGAGACUGGACCUCUGAGGCAGCUGGUCACAAACCCUGGCCCUGGAUCAGAACCCUGGAUCAGGAGCCAUCACGCUUUCUUCCCGAUUCGGAACUAGGACCGAAACACGAGGGACAAAGACUCCACCACCACAUAGAACACAACCAGUGGACAGAUGGACUGAACCACCUCAGUCCUGGUGGUCAUCAGAGAGACAGAGGCUCCAGUCAGGGAUCCAGUCUGCAGCACAGACCCUUCUCUUCACAUUCUCAGUGCAGGGAUGGAGCAGGACCUGGGGCUGAUAGAGAUAGACCCUCCUGUUCCUAUGAUACAAACACCACAGUAUCCAUUAUGAACAGAGCAGGUCACCCUGGGCUUCAGCCUUCAGAGAGAGUAGUGGGAGACCCAUCUGGUGGUAGUCUAUCAGCAAGUCUGUCUUCUCCUUCAGGGUCUCAUCUAAUGCCUGGUGACUGGGUUCAUAGAAGGUCUGGACCUGGGUCUAGCCUUCCUCAGUUACCUCAGGUUUAUCCCACCAAUACAGACAGGGUCAUGAUGGGCAUUCACCCCAAGAGGUACCUAGCCUAUAACACAGAACACAAUCCCAACAACACCCAAACAAUGGCUAGAGGUCAAGGAGGGAGCUCAAAGACUAACCACCUGACGGUGGUGGCUCCUGCUUCUACCUCUGGUGUUAUUGGCUCACAACGUGGGAGGCCAAGUGUUAGGUCGGAUGCAGACAAGCCGCACGCAUGCCCCACAUGUGGGAAGCGUUUCACUGAGGCAAACUAUGUGAAGAGGCACCAGACAGUUCACACCAAGGAGAGGCCCUUUAAGUGCAAACUGUGUUACAAGAGCUUCGCCUUCCUGAGUAACCUUAUCAGACAUAGGAGUGUCCACAAUGGGAAGAAAUUGUAGCAUUGUGGCUUGAGAUGUCCACAGGGCAUAUCUGGGAACCAUUUUUUAGUUGACAUAAUAUAAUUAUCGUGUGAAGUGUCUUGGGGCAAGAGGUUAAUUAAUCACAUACCCCUCAACCCUUUGUUAACUGUGUAAAUAACUGUUUCUAGAGAGAAAGUAAACCUAGACUAGAACAAGGACAGUUGAAUAUUUACCUUACUGAGGUGAUGUAGAUGGGAUAAAGUUGUUCUAUUAUUUUCUACUCUAUUCUUGCUAACAUGCUGUUCUUUCUAAACAAGUCUGCUCUCAGCUUGAAAUAUACUGAUCAUAGGAGAUUUGAUACUAAGCAGUGCCGUAUUUCAAAGAACAGUGCGCACACCUUUUUUGUUUAAACACCCCCUUUGAGCUAUGACGCCAACCAAAAAAUACCCUCUUCUUCAGUGUAAACGGAAUCGCUGUGUGUAUUAACUGUAGGGGUAGCCAUGUUGCUGGAGAUCAGAAGUGUCCAAUGAGAGAAUGGCAGGUUGAGGUUGCCAGAGUUGGUGUAGUACAGAAGGUGCGUAUGCUAAGGUAGUGAAGAGAGUAGUUGAGGAAGAUCCAGGGCGAGGGAUCCUCAUAGGUUCCCUAUGAGUAGGCCGAAGUUAAUAGAGAAUCCAUAGAGAGUGAUAAGAAUAACGUGUGCUUCAGUUAGCUUUGCUUCUUAGCGUUCAUUGAAAUGGGAUCUAAAUCAAAGAAAAUAUAUUUUGUGACAGCUGCAGAGAAGAAAUUUACAUGUUUUUACUGCACACGAUUUACAAGGUGUGUUGAACGAUAGUGUUCCAUCCUCCCAGGCAGCCGGCCUGGUAUAGGAUCAGAUGGGGCCAAAGUGGUGGAAUAGUGAAGUUUUAGGUUAUUUAUUUAUUUGUGUUUUUUUUUAUAAAUAUGAAGUUUAAUUUUUUAAAAUUAUUAAACAGUAACAUACAGAAAACAGAACAGCCAGAGGGAUUACACAAAUAAAUAAUAAUACAAAUCCACAUUAUAUCAAAUCAAAUACAAACAUGUACUGAAUACAUUGACAUUUUGUUUGGCAUACGUUUGAAUGAUUCUAAAUAUUUUUCCAAAUCAGAUUUUUCUUUAUAAACAUUGAAUUUGUAUGAAAAAUAUUCUAAAUAAAAUAGAGAUUUAUGACAUACUGACA